UCCAAAGAUGUCUGGUGAUCUUACCUGCACCAAAGAGAAAUGGAGACUCAGGAGCUUUUGAGCUUUGACUACGGAGGUUCUCUCCCAGUUGAGAAUGUUCAAGAAUUGGCUUCAAAGAACCAGACUAAAAUCCCACCUCGCUAUGUCCGGCCAGAAGCUGAACUCGAUCCAAUUUCUGUUCUAGAAUCACUUGAGCUGCCUGUAAUCAAUAUGACAAAACUACUGGAUGACCGACAUCCAUUGCACCAUGAUGAAUUGGCAAAACUCCAUUUAACUUGUAAAGACUGGGGAUUCUUUCAGUUAAUCAAUCAUGGGGUUCCAGAGGAAGUCAUUGAGAACAUAAAGAUUGACACAGAAGAAUUCUUCAAUAUGCCAUUAGAGAAGAAAAAUGAUUAUGCACAGAAGCCAAACAGUCUUGAAGGCUAUGGCCAUGCCUUUGUUCUGUCUGAAGAGCAAAAGCUUGACUGGGGAGACAUGUUCUACCUUCAAGCUCUUCCUGUCUCCAUGAGAAAUAUGAGAUCCUGGCCUAAUCAGCCUAUUUCUUUUAGAGAAAACCUGGACAAAUACUCAAGGGAGCUGCAGAAAGUUGCACUUUUCUUAUUGAAAUUCAUUUCUAGGAACCUGGGACUAAAUUCAGAGACACUUACUAGUAACUUUGAGGAUGGAAGACAAGGGAUCAGAAUAAAUUUCUACCCACCUUGUGUUCAAGCUAACAAAGUAAUGGGCCUCACUCCACAUUCUGAUGCCACUGGAUUGACUCUGCUGCUCCAAGUAAAUGAUGUACAAGGUUUGCAGAUCAAGAAAAAUGGCAAGUGGAUCCUAGUCAAACCUGUCCCAGAUGCAUUCAUCGUCAACAUCGGUGACGUCAUUGAGAUAAUGAGCAAUGGGGAGUACAAGAGCGUAGAGCACAGAGCUGUUGUGAACCCAGAGAAGCAACGUCUUUCCAUUGCUGCAUUUCAUGGUACACAUACCAAAGGCAUUAUUGGCCCUUUACCAGAUCUGGUAAAAAAGAGUAAGGCUAACUAUAAAUCAAUUAGCACAGAGGAUUACCUCAGAUUUGUGUUCAGGAAAAAGCUUGAUGGUAAAAGCCAUGUACAUUGCCUGAAGGAGUAGUGGCUCAAAACAGCACAUGCUAUUACUUUGUACAAUAAUCACUGUCUCA